CAUAAUUUUGAAGUAGUUGUAAUUGUGGUUCAUUUUAUUGAAUUGUGUGUUUCAGUAGUUUUGUUUUUCUCUUGUUAUUUUGAUUUGAUUCUGGUUGUCUUCACAACUUGCAGAUUACUCACAUGGAAAUGAUAAAAGGAAUCAAGGGGCAUGGUUAUUAUGAUGAACUUGUGGUCCCCAUAAUAGAGAACACAGCCUACGAAUAUGAGCUCACAGAAGCUCUAGCUAAAGCUAUUGAAGCCUACACUAAAACUACAGCAGUUCUUGUACGUAACCAUGGAAUAUAUGUUUGGGGAGACUCGUGGAUCAGUGCUAAAACUCUGGUUUGUGUAAAUUGUUUGUCCACAAGAAGGGAAUGGAAUCACAUAAAAAAAUCAUGUUUAUUUGAACUUUCUGCUCAGAAGUUCUAGAACAUAAAAUACUCUUGAUGAAAUGUAUAGCUUUUUAUGUCUUUGGGAUGUUUGUUUAUAAAUUAUCUUCUUGUAAAAUGGGUGGUUUUAUUCCAG